AUGGCUCCAGACCCAAGUAAAUGGAAAAAGGGUAGCAAUAGCGAGGCCUCCCAAUCUGCAAUUCUCUGGGCACGGCACGAGCACGAAGCAAGCAUCUGUGCCAAGAUUGCCAAAGGAGAAAAGGGCGACCGGCCGGCAGUCGAAUCCAAAACCUCAGCAUCGCCAACGGAUCCCAAUCAUUUCCAUGCCGCUUCACUCCUUUCGGACGACGCUUUUACCCAGGCUCUCCCUCGCGCCGAGCUUAACACGAGGAAAGCUCACACAUGCCUCAAGUCUCCCUCUCCGCUCACUCUUUCACCAUCUAGCUCUGCUUUUACACGCUUUUGUGUGUCGCCGCUGUGUUUAACCGGGGGGCUGCUGGGACAUGGCCACUAUAACAACUCCGGAGCUACGGCCCGCACGGCCGCCAUGCGUCCACCCGCUGAGAGCUCCGUGUACGCCAUGGAGGAGAGCACCGCGUACCUGCUGCCACCCUCGCGGCUGCUCUUCGUCUUCUUCGCCUUCCUCGCGCAAUGCGGUGGUGCAAGAGUGCUGAGGCCAGAGAAGAUGCUGCUGGGCCACUACUCUUACUACAGCUCGCCGGUCAUGCCCCCCUACGCCGACGUGUUCGCAUCACCAGCCCCUCCUCCUCCCGGCUCUCCCAACUGCGUCCUCACUCCGGACGCGCCGCCACCGCCUCCUCCGAAGGCGACCACCGUCCCGGCGCCGGCCUUCGUCUACUCGUCCCCGCCGCCGCCGGAGAUGGAAUACUACUACCCUCCGCCGUACAUCAGCCCAAGCCCACCAGAUAUCAGCCCAAGCCCGCCGCCCACAGUUGCGCCGCUCCCGCCCGUCAUUUACCCAAGCCCACCACAAGUCACCCCCAGCCCACCAGAGGUUGCACCAUUUCCCAGUCCCAGCCCACCCGAAAUCGCGCCGAGCCCGCCAGAGAUAUCACCGAGCCCACCAGAGAUCGCGCCAAGCCCACCAGAGAUAUCACCGAGCCCACCAGAGAUCGCGCCGAGCCCACCGCCCACAGUUACGCCUCUCCCGCCCAUCAUUUACCCAAGCCCACCCGAAGUCACGCCUAGCCCACCGGAGAUCAUCUCACCGAGCCCGCCGGAAAUCGCACCGAGCCCGCCGGAGAUCUCACCGAGCCCGCCGGAAAUCGCACCGAGCCCACCGGAGAUCUCACCAAGCCCACCGAGCUACGAACCAACGCCGCCGAGCAUUGUGCCGAGCCCACCGGAGUACGCGCCAGAGCCACCAACCUAUGUCCCAAGCCCACCGGAGUACGCGCCAGAGCCACCAACCUACGUUCCAAGCCCGCCGGAGUACGCGCCAGAGCCACCAACCUACGUUCCAAGCCCGCCGGAGUACGCGCCAGAGCCACCAACCAACGUGCCCAGCCCACCGGCGUACUACGCGCCGGAGCCGCCGACGUACGUGCCGAGCCCGCCAGAAUAUGCACCAGAGCCGCCGACGUACGUGCCAAGCCCGCCAAUCUACGCGCCGUAUCCGCCCGGGAUCAUCCCGAGCCCUCCGGAGUACGCGCCGGAACCGCCUGGGAUCGUCCCGAGCCCGCCGGAGUACGCGCCGGAACCACCUGGGUCCGUCCCGAGCCCGCCGGAGUACGCGCCGGAGCCGCCGGGGGCCGUGCCUGGCCCGCCGGAGUUCGCGCCGGAGCCGCCGGGGGCCCCGGUCGUCCCCUCCCCGGGAGGCGGCUUCCUGCCGCCGGUGGUGUUCCCGCCCCCGUUCGCGACGCCGUCGCCGCCGGGGACGACGGGCUCGGAGUGGUGCGUGGCGAAGCCGUCGGUGCCGGGCCCCAUCGUGCAGCAGGCCAUGGACUACGCCUGCGGCUCGGGGGCGGACUGCGACUCAAUCCUGCCGUCGGGCCCGUGCUACCGGCCGAACACCAUGCUGGCGCAUGCCUCCUUCGCCUUCAACAGCUACUGGCAGCGCACCAAGGCCAACGGCGCCACCUGCGACUUCGGCGGCACCGCCAUGCUCAUCACCAAGGACCCCAGCUAUGGUGGCUGCCACUACAUUUUGAUGUGAUCAGGCCAGUCCCACCGAUAACACAGUGACUGCACUGUUCCUGUCACAAUUUCUUUAGCUAUCGGCUGUGGCCUGAAAAGCUUUGGAAGUAGGAUACAACAAUUACUGAAGAUCCGACGAACUAGAGGUACAUGCUGUUCUGAUGUUACUGAAGGAAC